GUGAGUGUGUUACCGCGUUACCAUGGCACGGGUAACGCUUGCGCUGGCCGUUUCCCUGGCAGCUUACGCGGCCUACUACUACGUGCACUUUGCCGAAGCGCAACCGAUCGGAUCGUUGGUACUGGCGGUACCACACUCCCAGCAGCAGCAGCAGCCCGGUUCGUCCACCUCCGACGAGGGCACUAUAAAUCAUCUUCAGCAGCAGCACCAACGGCUCAAGGAUACGAACGUUUACCGAGCGAGAUCGAAAAUGCGGCCGCACGAUCGAAAGUACCCUGGCGUAAUUGGUGCCUAUCAAGCGUACCGCCGGACUGUGCAAGGACCUCAGCUGAUGCAGCGUAACCCGGCCACAGGGGACCGGUUUGCCGACGAUCCGGGUGUGGACGAGCAGGACCAGAUGCGGUUUAGCUUGGAGGGUUUUCUAACCGGCGCCAGGACGCCAACACUGCUGAACGAUGACGAGGAGGAGGAGGACGACGAGGAUCAUGAGCAGGGGGGUGAUGGCUUGAUGAAACGGUUCGACGAUUAUGGCCACAUGCGGUUCGGCAAGCGGGGCGGCGAGGGCGACCAGUUCGAUGACUAUGGGCACAUGCGGUUUGGCCGAUAAGCAGGCGGGAUAAAGGGACAUUCGAAGGGGCUUUGGAAGUAGGUGGUGGUGUGUGUAUUUUUUGUGGGGAAAACACUUGUUUGUACGGUUACUAGCGCAAAAAAAAAAACAAAAAAAUGCAAUAUGGGGUGGUAAAUAAAGCAAAACUGCUCUGUCUGUGUGUGUGAAGUAUA